UUCAACAUGGCGGUAAAGUCGAAAUAUUGGAGACUUCGUAUAUUGGUUUUCACGUUUGCUUUGAAAUAUGUUCCUCGCAAGCAGUGAGGACACUAUGUGAUUGUGAGAUUUUAUUUACAUGUUGUUAUAUCGACUUGAGAUCGAAUUAUGCUUACGCACUAUUGCUUAAAUAGCACAGCUGUCAAAAUACAAAGUCCCAAUAUUCUUUAAAAAAUAUCACUUACUCAUUAGUCAUAAGGCAAGGCAGCUCCGGAAAGGCUGGCAACCCAGAGUAAAAUUGAAAUUGCAGGUUGUGAGUGAGACCCUGGUACCAACGAUGGAGGAGACGGUGGCUGUGAAGGAGAUGUUUGAUGGGCUCUACAACAUCAUUGUGGGGCCAGGCUUCUACACAGUCAACGGAGCAAAAAAGAAGAGAACGAAAGUUUCUAAAUCUAGUCUCCAGAGUAUGGGAUCGCAUGAGGAUUUGAUGACUUCAGUUUCGGAUCAAGAGAGUUCAAAGGAAGAAAAGGAAUAUAGACCAUCCACUGAGAGUGUAGGAGAUUUUGCAUAUAAAUCAAUUGCAGGAAGUGAUUCAGAUAUUAUUUGUGAUGAUAAUGCGAGUAGCAUUGUUGGCCCAAACACAGUUUUUGUUUCACAUGAACCAUCGAUUGACAUUCCAAGAACUGAGGGUACUGUGAGUUCAGAACACAAGCACAACAAUGUGUGUGACACAGCUGUUCUUUUACCAGGUAAACAGGCAACUGAUGACAAAAUUGUUUGUGCUUCUCUCAAGUCAAAAUCAUAUGUGACAAAGGAGCAAGAAUGUGCAUCAAGGUUUGGCUACAGUAAACAACCUACUGACUUGACACGUUCAAGUCGUGGUAAUGGCAGCAAAAACAGCACUGUGUCUGUGGUGAGAGUUGACAGGAGUGAUGUAACUUCUAAACAGUCUCGGCCAUUACUAGGAGAAGGGACAUCUAAUGUUCCAGGUGUUUCACAUAAAGCAAAUAAGUGUGAUGUAACUUCUAAACAUUCUCGGCCAUUACAAGGAGAAGGGACAUCUAAUGUUCCAGGUGUUUCACAUAAAGCAAAUAAGUGUGAUGUAACUUCUAAACAGUCUCGGCCAUUACAAGGAGAAGGGACAUCUAAUGUUCCAGGUGUUUCACAUAAAGCAAAUAAGUGUGAUGUAACUUCUAAACAUUCUCGGCCAUUACAAGGAGAAGGGACAUCUAAUGUUCCAGGUGUUUCACAUAAAGCAAAUAAGUGUGAUGUAACUUCUAAACAGUCUCGGCCAUUACUAGGAGAAGGGACAUCUAAUGUUCCAGGUGUUUCACAUAAAGCAAAUAAGUGUGAUGUAACUUCUAAGCAUUCUCGGCCAUUACAAGGAGAAGGGACAUCUAAUGUUCCAGGUGUUUCACAUAAAGCAAAUAAGUGUGAUGUAACUUCUAAACAGUCUCGGCCAUUACAAGGAGAAGGGACAUCUAAUGUUCCAGGUGUUUCACAUAAAGCAAAUAAGUGUGAUGUAACUUCUAAACAUUCUCGGCCAUUACAAGGAGAAGGGACAUCUAAUGUUCCAGGUGUUUCACAUAAAGCAAAUAAGUGUGAUGUACCUUCUAAACAGUCUCGGCCAUUACUAGGAGAAGGGACAUCUAAUGUUCCAGGUGUUUCACAUAAAGCAAAUAAGUGUGAUGUAACUUCUAAACAUUCUCGGCCAUUACAAGGAGAAGGGACAUCUAAUGUUCCAGGUGUUUCACAUAAAGCAAAUAAGUGUGAUGUAACUUCUAAACAGUCUCGGCCAUUACUAGGAGAAGGGACAUCUAAUGUUCCAGGUGUUUCACAUAAAGCAAAUAAGUGUGAUGUAACUUCUAAACAGUCUCGGCCAUUACUAGGAGAAGGGACAUCUAAUGUUCCAGGUGUUUCACAUAAAGCAAAUAAGUGUGAUGUAACUUCUAAACAGUCUUGGCCAUUACAAGGAGAAGAGUCAACUCAUGUUUCUGGCAUUUCACAUGGAGAAGGGCCAUCUAGUGUUUCACAUGUUUCACAUAAAGCCAGUAUAAGUGAUGCAACUUCUAAACAGUCUCGGUCAUUACAGGCCGAAGGGCCAUCUACUGUUCCAGGCGUUUCUCAUGUUUCACAUAAAACAAAUCUUGAAGGUGCAGACCUUACAAUCUCAUCCAGAAGAAGUUCAGGGAGACCUCAGUUGUCACCUGAGAAGACUGUGAAGCGUAGAAUACAGCCAUCUCUUUCAGACAGGGCAGUGAAACUGCAUCAAGAACAGAAGACUACUGCUUCCAUUCUGAAGAGUGAUGAUGGAACUUCUGUCACAAUUAAUGAUCUUACGAUCUCAUCCAGAAGAAGUUUCGGGAGACCUCCUGAGAGCAAGUUGUCACCUGAGAAGUCUGUGAGAUGUAGAAGACAGUCAGCCGAUGAGGAAACUUCCCUUUCAGUCGGUGCAGUGAAACUGCAGGAAGAACAAAAGACUACUGCUUCCAUUCUGAAGAGUGAUGAUGGAAGACCUGUCACAAUUCUUGAUCUUACGAUCUCAUCCAGAAGAAGUUUCGGGAGACCUCCUGAGAGCAAGUUGUCACCUGAAAAGUCUGUGAGACGUAGAAGACAGUCAGCCGAUGAGGAAACUUCCCUUUCAGUCGGUGCAAUGAAACUGCAGGAAGAACAAAAGACUAUUCCUUCCAUUCUGAAGAGUGAUGAUGGAAGACCUGUCACAAUUCUUGGAAGUGUCCCGUGUUCCAGUAAGGACGUUGAUGCUCGAAGUGACAUCAGCACAGACUCCCAUGCCAGUGGAUAUACUCCGUCAAGACCUGCUGACCUGCCCCAACCAUCGUCAGUGGGAAGACCAAGCGACGGCCAUCGGAAGCUGAGGAAGAAAACAGCACCUGGGCACCCACAUUGCAGGUUGUCAUCUAGUCCAGUCAAGAAGUCAGCUGAGAAGUCUGAAACAAAGAUUUCACCAGUAAAGAGAAAAUGGGAUGGUGAUUCAAGUGAGACAUUGCGCUGCAAGAAAGUCAAGUCCAAUCAAGGAAGCCGAGAGAAAAGUUCCAAGUCCAAAAUGAUUACAGAUAACAAAAAAAAGCAGACUCCAACUAGAAAGAAAGUCAGAACAAAAACAAGGAGCAAUGGCAGGGAUAAUAAAACCAAACAGUUAAAGCAUAAUACAACAGCUACUGUCAAUUAUCAGCGAUUGCUGUCACUUAGAGGUCUCAUCAAUCUCAAGAAGCCCAAACAGUAUUCAAAUCAGUCUCCGGCAAAGUGUCCCAGUCGGAGCAGUGGGGGUCACAGUGGGGGUCACAGUGGGGGUCACAGUGUGCACAGGCAGUUAAGAAGUUCUACCAAAAAGAUGUCUGCUGAACAUAUUUCUCCAGCAGCCAACAAAUCAUCACCAAGGAAACUAAGUUUGCGAGGAAUGCAAAAACCUCAAUAUUCAAAACAUAAACAAAACCGACAUCGUAGUAGCACGAAGCAGAAAGUGCACUCAAGAAACAGUGAAAGAAGCGAUUCGAAGCACAGAAGUAAACAGGCGUUGAGAGUUAAGCAAGGGUCAGACAUUGAUAAGCAUAGACGUAAGAGUAAAAGACGUAGACGAAGGAGGUCUGCUGAUUCCUUGUCAGUGCAGGAAGCGCUGGCUAAACAACAGCAGGUCAUUGCUGAACAUAGCAAGGAGAAAGAUAAGUUUGAGGAUGGCAACAUCAUUUCAGCAUUGUGUCAGCUUGAGGACAGAGCAAAGACAUUGCAUUCACAUGACCUUGAUCUUCUCAUGCCCAUGUCUGACUUGUCAACCAAUCGGAAUGCUGUUCUGGGUGUCAGGGGGCAAGGACAUAAUAAUCAUCCAGGUGGUGUGUGGAAAAAAUUAAUUCCUGAAAAUUAAGUGAAUUUGACUUGAUUAGCUGUUCAUCGUUUUUAAUUUAUUUAAUUUAUUUUGGUCAUCACCACGAUCAGCACAUCUUGGUUCAGCAAAGAGAGGUAACUUUUCAUGGACUGGUGAGCUGUUUAAGCAGUGAACUUGAAGUGUUGCAGAAGUUCAGCAAGAGACUGUGUUUGCCUCUUGCCAUCAUUAGAGAUGCAUCUACAAUAUAACCUGUAUGUAUAAGUAUUAUUAAUGCACUAAUAUUGGGAUUGAGUGGUCAGAAUCUGUGACAUUGGGGAAAUGCCUAUCAUCACACCAACCUGUGAAGACCUGGGUUAGAAUUGGUCUUCAGUAAUCCAUGCUUGUCAUAAGAGGUGACUAACCGGAUCGGGUGGUCAGGCUCACUGACUUGGUUGACACAUGUCA